AUGGCAAAGGGAAAUACCCAGAAAGUUAUCGAGAAAGAUGUCACAUUUUUCUUCUGUAAAGACUCUCCUCCUCCCUGGUUCGAUGGCAGUAUUUCAGGAGAUUUUGGAUUCGACCCACUUGGAUUAGGAUCUGAUUCGGAACUGCUGAAAUGGUUUGCACAAGCUGAGCUAAUACACAGCAGAUGGGCAAUGCUUGCUGUGUCUGGAAUUCUGAUUCCAGAAUGGCUAGAAAGUCUGGGGUUUAUUGAGAAGUUCUCUUGGUACGAUGCAGGAGCACAAGAAUACUUCGCAGAUUCCACACCUUUAUAUAUAUUCUGA